CGAAGUGCAUCGCAAGCAAUUUCUCUCCUCUGGCUCUCACCGUUUCUUGAAGCGAUUUCUUCUGUGUUUCGUUUUCAAUUUCCUACCGGAGAAAAUGUGUCUUCUCUUCCGUUCUCAAUUAAAAAAACCCUAGACCUAAACCCGAAGGAAACCCAUCAACCACUGCGCCCAUGACGUCCCAACCAUUCCUUGGCUUAAAUACCUUCUCUUCCGAUCGAACCCUAGAUACCCACUUCGAUUUCGCUUCGGAUUUUGGGUGAAAGAUGUCGGAUCGAUCAUGGGUUUCCGCCAUUUUCGUCUUCGUGUUGUUCUGGGUUUCUUCCGCUGAACAUAAUGUUCGUACUGAGCGAAUUUCAGGAAGUGCUGGGGAUGUCUUGGAAGAUAACCCAGUGGGAAGGUUGAAGGUCUAUGUUUACGAGCUCCCGAGCAAAUACAACAAGAAAUUACUACAAAAGGACCCUCGAUGCCUUAACCACAUGUUUGCUGCCGAGAUUUUUAUGCACAGAUUCCUCUUAUCUAGCCCUGUUCGGACACUAAAUCCGGAGGAAGCAGAUUGGUUUUACACUCCCAUAUACCCUACUUGCGAUCUCACUCCGACUGGCUUGCCUCUGCCUUUUAAAUCUCCUCGUAUGAUGCGGAGUGCUAUACAGUUGAUCUCGACAAACUGGCCUUAUUGGAACCGGACUGAAGGAGCCGAUCACUUCUUUGUCGUGCCCCAUGACUUUGGAGCCUGCUUCCAUUAUCAGGAGGAGAAAGCCAUUGAAAGGGGGAUUCUUCCACUGCUUCGGCGUGCUACUUUGGUUCAGACAUUCGGUCAGAGGAACCACGUGUGCUUGAACGAAGGCUCCAUCACCAUUCCGCCUUAUGCUCCACCUCAGAAGAUGCAAGCCCAUCUGAUUCCUCCAGAAACUCCUCGGUCUAUCUUCGUAUACUUCCGGGGUUUGUUUUACGAUGUUAACAAUGACCCAGAAGGCGGCUACUAUGCAAGAGGAGCAAGAGCGGCAGUGUGGGAGAAUUUCAAGAACAACCCUCUCUUCGACAUCUCCACAGAUCACCCGACAACAUAUUACGAAGACAUGCAACGAUCCAUCUUUUGUCUGUGUCCUCUAGGUUGGGCUCCAUGGAGUCCGAGGCUGGUAGAGGCAGUGGUGUUUGGUUGCAUUCCAGUCAUCAUAGCCGACGACAUUGUCCUGCCCUUUGCAGAUGCCAUCCCCUGGGAAGAAAUCGGAGUCUUUGUGGCUGAAGAAGAUGUCCCGAAACUAGACACGAUCCUCACUUCGAUACCGACUGAAGUGGUUCUCAGAAAACAGAGACUUUUAGCGAAUCCAUCGAUGAAACGGGCAAUGCUUUUUCCCCAACCGGCUCAACCGGGUGAUGCAUUUCAUCAGAUACUAAAUGGGUUGGCUCGGAAAUUGCCGCACGAGAAGAGUGUGUACGUGAAACCGGGCGAGAAGGUCUUGAACUGGACUGCUGGUCCGGUUGGGGACCUGAAACCUUGGUGAAUCUCCAAGAGAGUUGAAACUUUUGUUAUGGUUCUUUCUGUUUUCUUUCCUUUUCCUUGUUUUGGUCUUUUAGAGUUGUGUCCGAGUCGAGGAGUUAUUGGUUACAAUGCUACACACUGUAAAAUGUGAGAUUUUUCUUCCUGGUUUUGGAAUUUUUUUGUAGAUAUAUACAUAAUAACAAGUAAUGAGAAAAAAAAAAUCCAUUUCUUUU